AUGUCCUGGCUCGAAGGGUUUCAUAUUACUAAAGAAGCUCUCAUCAUCGAGAUUGUGGUGGGAGUGUUACUUGUCCUUGCCCUCUUCUACGGUUUUGUCUUCCCUCAUAUUUGCGCUUAUUGUCAACAAGAACGUGUUGAGGUUAUUCACCUCCACAACAGGACAACUCAUCCAUCUAGUGCAUCCACAUUCACCACCAGCACUGAGACAUUGUGGACCCUAUACCUGUACCAGCACCCAAUUGGUCGAGUUUUGGAGCUUACAAACGUGUUGAUUGCAAAGUCAAACCCGUUCCUGGAGUAUUCAUUCCCAGAAGACGCACAUGUCACUUGGUUAUUUCCAGAAGACCCACUCCUUUCGCUCCCACCCCUUCCUGUCCUUCCCCCAGAAUUCAUUCCCACGCUGAAGCUAACCAAGAAGCACCUUUAUGACGAAAUGAAGCUAAACUCUGAUGGAUUCUUAUGGCCAGAAGAGGAAAAACUUUUUGCUCACAUCAUGAUACUCAAUCAGCACAGUCUUGCCUUUGAGGAAACUGACAGAGGAACGUUCAGAGAAGACUACUUCUCUCCCUACAUCAUACCUGUUCUCCCACAUGUCCCUUGGGAAUACAAGAACAUUCCUAUUCCUCCUGGAACCAAGAAUGAAGUCAUAGAAUUGCUCAGAGACAAAAUCAAAGCUGGAUUUUAUGAGCCUAGCCAGUCAUCUUAUCACUCUAAGUGGUUUUGCGAUCAGAAGAAUGAUGGCAAGAUUCACAUCGUCCAUGAUCUUCAGCCACUUAAUGCAGUCACUAUCAAAGACUCAGGAGUACCACCUAUUCUUGACGACUUUGUGGAGCCAUUUGCUGGUUCCCAAUGCUAUACUGUGUUUGAUCUCUUUUGGGGAUUUGAUGCUCAAAAAGUGCACCCUGACAGUCGUGACCUUACUGACAAAACCGGAUAA